CGCAGAAGAGGCUACUCUUCCUAUCUAUGUCGUGUUUGCAGUAGGCCAGGAAGAAGGACAGGGAGAAAGACGCAAAUGAUCAAAAAAGCGAAGGGAGAAAUACUGUGAGUCUAACAAAAUGAGAGCAUCUACUGAAACUUUGUAUUGGUAUCACGGAAGAAUAACAAGGGAUGCAGCCACCCAUAUUCUGCUGUCACAUGCAAGAAGCAACUACCGCGAUGGCUGCUUCCUGGUUCGAGACUGUUCUAGUGCCCCUGGGGACUAUGUCAUAUCAAUCCUUGCACACAAUCAAGUACUGCACUUCCAAGUCCAUUGUACAGGAGAUAAUCGGUUUUCCAUCGAUGAUGGGCCCAUUUUUCAUGGGUUAGAUACCUUAAUUUUACAUUACCAAGUCAAAUCAGACGGGUUGCCUUGUAGAUUAACAACUUUUUCAAGAGGGUCUUUACCACCUCUUCAAGCUUUAAAAUAUGGAAUUGACACUCCAUUGCAUGUAGCCUGUCUGAAUGGAAAUGCUUCUGCUGUUACUAAAUUACUGUCAGAGAUGUCUACUUAUCAAGAAGUUAACUCGAGAGACGAAGAAGGAAGGACGCCAUUGCAUAUUGCAAGUUGCAAAGGCUACCAGGAUAUUAUUCUCCUGUUGUUAAAUUAUGCCGCAGAUGUUAGCGCUUCAAGUAGCACCGGAACAACUCCAUUACAGGAAGCAUGUGCUGCAGGCCAUGUUGAGGCAGCUAGGUUACUUAUCACUCAAGGUAGAGCAGAUGUACAGGAAAGAUCUCAAUCAAAUGGAUGGGUGCCAUUACAUGAGGCAGCAUUAAGAGGGAACAUUGACUGCUGUCACCUUCUUUUAUCACAUCAUGCGUCCAUGAAUCCACGAACAAUGGAGGGAGACACACCAAGAGACCUUGCAUUGAGAUAUAAUAGACUUGAAAUUGUGGAAUUUUUAGACAACUUUCCUAUGCCACCACCAAGGACAACUCCUAGUCAAUGGCUGCAUCAGAAUCUAGAUAGAGUGGGAGCAGUUGCUAUGCUGAGAAAGUAUGGCAUGGAAGAUGGGUUGUUUCUGAUUCGCAGCAGUAUCAAAUGCCAUGGAUAUUAUGUUCUCUCGAUGGCUGUUGGGGGUAAAGCAUAUCAUUUCCAAAUCAAAAGCAGGGCCGAUCGUUGGUAUUACAUAGACGAUGGCCCUUUGUUCGAAACUUUACCACACGCAGUGGACCACUAUUCGACGCAUAUGGAUGGCUUGCCAGUGCUCCUUCGCGAAGCAGUUCCUCCGAGCACAGAAACACGUCCUGCUCAAGCCCCUCCUUCGCGUUCUGGUCCGUGGAAUUCGGCAGCUCCAAGAGCCUCUCCAAAACCGCCUGUUGGAAGCAAGCCGCUGCCCAUGCCAAGAGCAAAUUUAAAACAUGUAGAGGAUGACAAUGCUGGCGAUUUCAAUAGAGCUUCAAGUUGGAAGAACGAUGCACCAGCUGUUCCAAACAGAACAAAAGGGUCAGAUGAGACAAAGCAACAGACAAUAAUUACACGGGAUUCAUUAGAAUUGGGAAAAGAGCUCGGGCAAGGUGAAUUCGGCUCCGUGUUAAUGGGAGUCUGGAUAAACCCCAACGGCGAACGGGUCUCUGUGGCGUUGAAGACACUACACGAAGAUAAGUUAACACAAGGAGAGCAGGAGUUUCUCAGAGAAGCAAGAGUUAUGUCCAACUUGAAUCACCCUUGUAUCGUAAGGCUUUUGGGAGUCUGCCUUGGACCACCGAUGAUAUUGGUUCAAGAGCUUGUGUCUAUGGGGGCAUUGCUUGAUUACCUGAUUGAUCACCAGUCUGAGAUUUCACAAAAGAACUUAAAAGUCUGGGCGGGCCAAAUUGCUUGGGGAAUGACGUAUCUGGAAGAGAGGAGAUUUGUUCACAGAGAUCUUGCGACGAGAAAUAUUCUUUUAGGGACCAAAGACCAGGUUAAAAUAAGCGACUUUGGCUUGUCGAGAGCGGUUGGUGCCGGUAGUGACUACUACCAAGCGAAACAAGGUGGCAGGUGGCCAGUUAAAUGGUACGCUCCUGAGUCCAUAAAUUAUGGGACAUUCUCUCACAAAAGUGACGUUUGGAGCUAUGGAGUUACAUUGUGGGAGAUGUAUACUUUUGGCGAGUUACCCUACGGAGAUAUGGCUGGCGCACAGGUCAUUGCGUUUCUCGAGCGUGGCGAACGACUUUCAAAACCGAUGGACUGUCCAGAAAAAAUUUAUCAGAUUAUGCUAAGUUGCUGGAAUGCUGAACCAGUGAAUAGGCCGUCAUUCAAGAACCUUUAUGCAACGUUUAUGAAAGACCCUGAGUAUGGAACUGUCCAGUCCGGUCGCAACUCUUUGAAGCAUUAAUCAGGUCAAUAUUCUCUGCAAAUAAUUAAAAUGUUUAUAGCAUCAUAUUUUAGAUACUUAGGUAUGCAAAAAUUAAUCUACCGUAUUCAUUCGAUAUUUUUUGGCACGUUUGGCUGGCAUUUAUUAUCAAGGACAGUUUUUAAACGCGGGUGGCUUACAUUAUUUUAUCCAGAUCUUGUCAAUAUUCCUGCAACCUUGAAGCCGAGGGUGAUAAUAUAGAAAAUGAGAAAGAGAUACUUCUGGGUGCUAUUGAUGAUCCCAUACUGGAGGAUAUUGUUGUUGGUUGAAACGUCCAAUGUUUUUUUGGUUCAAGUACAGAAUCAGGUUUUUCUCAGUGUAUGAAUCCGACAUUGCAAACCAAGUAUCUAUGCAUGGUUUUUUGGGUGCGGCUCACAUUUUUUAUGAACUCAAUUUGCCGCGGCUUAUAAACAAGGGUGGCUUAUGAACAAGGGCGGCUUAUUAUCGAAUAAAUACGGUAUGACUUACGAUCGUGGUUCCACGGUAUCCAGUCGUCGAGAUGUUAAAAAAUUUAGAGAAUCAGAACCCCUUGACAUUUAGGAAGUUUAUAUUCUCGAGAGCCUAGUUAAUUUACGAGCUGUGCUGAUUAACUCGGAAAUACUUGCCUCGGGCGCGAAUGGAACUGCGAGCUAGGACUAUCCAAGGUUUUCUCUAACUGAAUUACGUUUUCAAUGAUUAUAACCCAAAUACAUUUUGUAUUAUUUGUUAAAAUUGGUAAAAUGUAAACAUUUUUAGUAGAAAUUGGUACCUCUUUAAAUAUUGAACUAUUGUAAAUUGUAGCUGUUUCUUCCUCGUAUAAUAGUACAUUAAGUAAAAAUUUAUAGUAGGAUCUUAUGGUAGGAGCAUUUAUUUUCAUAACAAAAAUUCAAUGUUUU